CACCGUCAGAUAUCGUUUUCCCAAUCGCUUACUCUCGGCUGGACCAGUCUUCUUCUGCUCAUCUUUCAGUGUGUGUGUAAAUACCAACACGCUUUCGCCGGAUAUUGUGUCGGUUACUCAAUUUUGGGACGGAUGGCGAUAUCCGGGAGCAUUCGGAGCUCUCGCACUUCAAACUCCGAGCGAAACUUUCGAAUUAAUGGUCCAUCCACACGACCACCGGUUGCGGUUGCCGGUGUUACAUUCAGGUUCCUAGCAUCAGCUAUCACCGUCGCCGUCGUCCUCUUCUUCACUGUUUCCUUCACCUUUACCUCAUCCUCCGACGUCAUUUAUUCUGAUUCCAACAUUAAUCAGGGACUUUCCUUUAAUAAGAACGUAGCUGGAUCGUCUCGGAGGUCUGUACUUGCAUUGAAAUCUGAUCCACUAAAACCUAGAUUUGAUCAGAUCCGAAAGCAAGCAGAUGAUCACAGAUCGCUAGCUCUGGCUUACGCUACCUACGCUCGUAAACUGAAGCUCGAAAAUUCGAAACUGGUUAGGGUUUUUGCUGAUCUUUCACGCAACUACACAGAUCUGUUAUCGAAACCUGCUUACAAAGCAUUGUCCGACUCCGAUGCGAACUCAAUCGACGAGCCGACACUUCGGCUGUUUGAGAAGGAGGUGAAGGAGCGGAUUAAGGUGACUAGACAAGUGAUUGCCGAUGCGAAAGAGUCAUUCGAUAAUCAGCUUAAGAUUCAGAAGCUGAAAGAUUCGAUAUUCUCUGUUAAUGAGCAAUUAACCAAGGCGAAGAAGCAAGGUGCUUUCUCCAGCUUGAUCGCCGCAAAAUCAAUACCUAAAAGCUUGCACUGCCUCACAAUGAGGUUGAUGGAAGAGAGAAUCGCGCAUCCAGACAAGUAUUCUGAUGAAGGCAAACCACGACCGGCUGAAUUUGAUGAUCCCAAGCUUUAUCACUAUGCUAUCUUUUCUGAUAACGUGAUUGCUGCUUCAGUUGUAGUUAAUUCAGCUGUGAAGAACACAAAAGAGCCAUGGAAGCACGUUUUUCAUGUCGUGACAGAUAAGAUGAAUCUAGGUGCAAUGCAAGUUAUGUUCAAGAUGAAAGAAUAUAACGGUGCUCAUAUUGAAAUAAAGGCAGUGGAGGAUUACAAGUUCUUGAACUCUUCAUAUGUCCCAGUGCUAAAGCAGCUAGAAUCUGCAAAUUUGCAAAGGUUUUACUUUGAGAAUAAGCUUGAAAACGCAACAAAGGAUACAACCAACAUGAAGUUUAGGAACCCAAAGUAUCUCUCCAUCUUAAAUCAUCUGAGAUUCUACUUACCAGAGAUGUACCCAACACUGCACAGGGUUCUGUUCUUGGAUGAUGAUAUUAUUGUUCAGAAGGAUUUGACUGGACUCUGGAAGAUAGACAUGGAUGGAAAAGUGAAUGGAGCAGUUGAGACUUGUUUCGGGUCUUUCCAUAGGUAUUCACAAUACAUGAACUUUUCCCACCCUUUAAUCAAGGAGAAGUUUAAUCCCAAGGCCUGUGCCUGGGCUUAUGGUAUGAACUUCUUUGAUUUGGAUGCCUGGAGGAGGGAAAAAUGCACUGAGGAGUACCAUUACUGGCAAAAUCUGAAUGAAAAUCGAACUUUAUGGAAAUUGGGGACACUGCCACCUGGUCUGAUCACAUUCUAUUCCACAACCAAACCAUUGGAGAAAUCAUGGCAUGUUCUUGGGCUUGGUUAUAAUCCAAGCAUAAGCAUGGAGGAGAUUCAUAAUGCUGCAGUUGUUCAUUUCAAUGGGAAUAUGAAACCAUGGCUUGAUAUUGCCAUGAAUCAGUUUCGUCCACUUUGGACAAAGUAUGUUGACUACGAUAUGGAGUUUGUUCAGGCCUGCAAUUUUGGUCAUUAAACUUAUGAUGCAGUCAUGGCUGAAGCCCUUUAUUUAAAGAUAGCAUGCAAAUUGAAACCUUUAUCAGAUGCUGUGGAGUUCAUAUGUUUCCAAGUAUGACAUCAUCAUCCUUUUUCUAUUCUAGUUUUGAAAUUUGUUUCUGAAGUGUUUAUAGCUCCAGAGUCCAGAGUUAAUUUAUUUUGUUAUUUGUUUACUUAAUGACUUCAGAAAAACAUAUAUAUAAUAUAAUAUAAUAUAAUAUAACAGUAA